CAUAGAACUGCCAUGCGGAGUCUGUUCUAUUCCAUUUCAAAUGUUCUUUCUGUUUUCCAUCUCACUGAAGUGACAUGUCCCAGACUAUCACUGCACUUCUGGGCCCCAUUCCCUGGGUGCAAAGACUCUUGAUCUCAGUGGGGUUUCUGAGAAGACAAACCCAAGAUUUUGCACUGAAAAGCAGGGCAGCUUUUCGACUAUCUGCCCAGAAGCCCAGCGAGUCCCCCAGGAACAUGCCCAUCCCAGCUUCUGACUUUCGUUACAAUACUCACGGCAAGCUCUCUGCUUUAUCUUACGCACGGCGAAAUAAGCAACAUGACAGGAACUGCACCCCCAUGUUAAAAGGUGCCAGGCUGGCUGUCCUGGAAUUUUACUCAAAGGCAACCCCAUUUGCGUCGCAUCUGGAUUUAUUUCGGAUGAUUGUCUCACAAAGGAACAGAGGCACGAAGUGGUUCUGAGAUCGUCAAAAUUAAUGAAAGCGCUGAUGCCCGAUGCGCUGCCACCGCGCGUCCAUCUCGGUCUUUAGCCAACCCACUCGCCUUUUUUGUCGGAGGGCGAGGAACGGCGCACGAACCUUGCCUUUAAGACACCACGAAGCAGAAAAGAUCGGCCGAAGGAGGUGCCAGGGAGCAGGUUAUUCGUGGGGCUGAGGUCGCCGCAGCUCCCAGGUGAAGAAAGCAGAACUGUGAAGCAGACAAGAUGGAUCUUGAUGUAUUAAACAUGUUUGUAAUAGCGGGAGGCACUUUAGCUCUCCCCAUUUUGGCAUUUGUAGCAUCCUUCCUCCUGUGGCCUUCAGCACUGAUCAAAAUAUAUUACUGGUAUUGGCGUCGAGCCCUGGGCAUGCAGGUGAAAUAUGCGCAUAGUGGUGACUACCAGUUUUGCUAUUCCUACCGAGGAAGACCCAGCCACAGACCAUCCAUACUCAUGUUGCAUGGGUUCUCGGCCCACAAAGAUAUGUGGCUUUCUGUUGUCAAGUUUCUUCCAAAAAAUCUUCACUUGAUUUGUGUUGAUAUGCCAGGUCAUGAGGGUACCACUCGGUCAUCUCUCGAUGACUAUUCCAUCUGCGGACAAGUGAAAAGAAUACACCAGUUUGUUGAAUGUAUCAGUCUGAACCGAAAACCAUUUCAUCUGCUUGGAACUUCUAUGGGUGGAAAUGUGGCUGGUGUUUAUGCUGCUCUGUAUCCAGCAGAGGUCUGCAGCUUAAGUCUUAUAUGCCCUGCAGGUCUGCCACAUUUCACAGAAAACAAGUUCAUAAAACAGCUGAAGGAGCUGAAGGAGAAGAAAUGGAUUGAUCAGAUUCCUUUAAUUCCAUCCACUCCGGAAGAAAUGGCAGACAUGUUAAAACUGUGCUCUUACGUUCGCUUCAAGGUGCCCCAUCAAAUUCUGCAGGGCCUGGUUGACGUUCGCAUCCCACACAAUGACUUCUAUCGAAAAUUAUUUUUAGAGAUUACAGAGGAAAAGUCACAAACUUGCCUUUAUGACAACAUGAGCAAGAUCAAAGCCGCAACACAGAUCAUCUGGGGAAAGCAAGAUCAGGUGCUGGAUGUUUCAGGAGCAGACAUUUUAGCAAAAUCAAUCCUUGAUGCCCAAGUACACAUUCUGGAAAAUUGUGGGCACAGUAUAGUCGUGGAACGGCCCAGAAAAACAGCAAAGCUUAUUCUGGAUUUCUUAACCACUGUACAGAAUGCUGAGAAUAAUAAGAAACUGGCCUGAACUUUUCCUAUGGGGUUGAACCCUUAAGCUUAGAUGUUUCAGUUGGGAGGAAAUACUGCUAAUUUAAUCAAUUCUCAGGGAUCUUAUUAUACAGAACUUGGUGAUUGUGCCAAAAUCCCUGAAGAAAUCUGAAUUAUUCAUAUAUUUAAUUUAGAAGUCUAUCAGUGCAAUGACUCUGGGAUACUGAACGGCCUUCACAUAUAUAUGCUAAUGAUAAAGUCUAAUAAAAAUCUGCAUUUCUAGAUAUUUUGAGGAACAGUGAAAGACUUAUAAGAUAGAUGUAUAACUCAACUCCCCCCCCCCCAAAAAAACAAUCCUUGGUUUUUGAUAACAAUCACAUAUUUUAAAAUAUCCAAUUUGUACUGGAUAACAUACUUACUAGCUAGGUAAAGUAGAAAAAAAGCACUACCUUCUGUUGUUAGUUUGCCCCUUUCCCAGUCUAUCUCUGGUAAUGUUCCACUGAACUGUAACUCGAAACAUCAGAGAAAAAUUGCAAAAGGGGCAAAUCCUUGUGGGACAGAUUCUUACAUGGGUUCUAUGUUAUCCAAAAAAUGUACAUCCUGCCUUCCGUUUGGAAUCAAUAUUGAUAUAUUUAUAAAAACUAAACUGUGAUUGGAGUCAGACAAUUCUGUAUCAUGGAAUGCAUUGGCCACUUCUAGGUUUAUGCAGUGACUCCAUGUGAUCUGGCAUAAUACCCGGUUAAUUGGAAGGUAGGUAGCAAUUGACAUUUACUUCAAAUAUGUAGGAAAAAUGGCACAGAGCAAAAGUUCAUAGAGUGACAGCUAAAGUGAGCUUCCAUCUCUUAAUAUAUAUGACUUUGCAUGAUGGAGUGUUGUGGCAAAAGGCUUGGAUGAUCCAGACGUUCAUUGAAAUACUGUUUAUAUUAAUUUAUGAUUUCAGCAGAGAAGAAAGGCAUGCACUACAUUUUAAGGGUAUGAAAGUUUUGCAGAUGCGGUACAAGUCUUCAGUGUUUGAUUUAUUAAGAAUGUGGUUUUGUAUCCCUCUACAGCUCCAUUUGUACAUAUGUGCUGCCUUAGGAGCAAAUUGAAAUAUUGAUGUCACCUGGACUUAUUAUAAUUGUGAAAUGUUCUUUCAUUGCAAUAUUCAGGCACUUGUGAAGUAGCUGGAACCCUUAAAGGGCAGGUCACUGAAUAUAAGACUUGUGAAUGUGUGGUUGCAUAUGCACACAGACAUACACAUACACAGAAGUUAAAUUCCAUUAAAGUCAAUGUGGCUAUUUCUGAUGUAAGUGGCUAGCAAAUUCCCUGUGAAAAGUAAUCUUACUGUACAGCUAAUAAAGUAAAUGGAGCUGUCCCAAAGCCAUUUCUGGAGCCAUUGUUUCGGUCUAGAUCAGUGUUUCUCAACCUUGGCAACUUUAAGAUGUGUGGACUCCCAACUCCCAGAAUUCCCCAGCCAGCAACUCCCAAUUCUGGGAGUUGAAGUCCACACAUCUUAAAGUUGCCAAGGUUGAGAAACUCUGGUCUAGAUGGUAUCUGAUCCAAGCAAUAACACUGUAUGUAAAUAAAUGUACAAGUGAUCAAAUCCAGGUUAGGGUUGGUCUGAACGGCCUUCUCAGCUCCCCCUGCCGCACCUUUUAAUUAAGUGUUCUGCUGAGUAAAUUAUUUACGUAAUGAAUUCUGUGAAUUCUGUGAAUUGUAAUGCUUGGGUGGAGAAAGAGUAGAACUGAAAUGGGUACCAAUAUAGAAUUAAGGUAUUCUAAAGGUUUAUUUGUUAUGCUCACCAAAUUCUUACAAAGUGAAUUAUUUAUCAAUCUUCAGCAUACUCUGCUUUUAAAUUAAUGGCUAAAGAAUAUAAAGCAUACAGUAUUCCUUUUCUGGGGUAUUUGUUCUAAUUUCCGAGUGCAAUUCUUUAGUGAACAAAAAUUCUGUAUCAGAUUUAGAAAUCUGGACUUGUUACAUCCUUGUAACUGUACUUUUCCUAUACAUGGAGGUUUGUGAAAAACCCUCUCACCAAGAAACAUUCAAUGAAUGCUGUUGCUCCAUUGAGUAAUAAUUUGCAAUAUAUUGGGUAUUUAUAGUCUAUACCCAUUGCAUAUUUUAGAAUGGCAGUUAAAUGAGCGACCUGCUUCCAAAAUAAUUGGACUUUGAACAAAACUAGUAUUUGUUGAAGCGUUAAAAGAAUAUGUUGUACCUGGUGUGGUUUCUGAUUUUACAACCACUGAGGAAGUGAGACACCAUUUUAUAAUACUAUAAUUUUGUUCCAAUUAAAAUAUUUUAUUUGGGACUGAUUUCUUCCGGUCAUUCCAAUUCCUUGUAUUUUAAACUUCUAUUCAGGAUCCCACUCAAAUUACCUUGCAAUUCAUUUUCAUUACAGAGUCAUGAAUGGUCUAUCUUUUACUCAAAUGGGGGUGGGGGAAUUCAUCUUUUAUUGAGGAAAAACAAGAACCUGUGCAUUUUGUUCAAUAACUGAUCAAUAUUUCUAGAAGUAGAGAUUAAAAACCACACAAAACCAACAGAGAACAAGUAAAUUUUUGGUAUGGUUCUCAGAAGCCAAUGUACUGUACACAGAAAGACUCAAUUAAAAUAUAAUUGAAAUGUC